ACGGCGCACUAACAUAAUCAUUAUCAAUUAUCAUCCACUCGAUUGUGGAAGAGGGAAUGAUUCAAUCAAACACGCAUGAUGCAGUAAGUAUGAUGCUCUGCGACGUGUGCGAUCAAUGAAAUAAUCAUUUCGGACGACUCGGAGUUAGCGUGUGUUACGAUCUCUACAGUUCUGAAAGUCUCAGCGGGGAGGGGAAGAUGAGUGGCAGACUCGCUAUCUCCAGAGCUGUGUGUAGCCUACUGCUUUUACUUACUACGAUCAACUCCUCGUCGCUGCUGGUCAAAGCUCAGGCGGUGACGGUGCAACUGACACUUCUACCAGAGGCAGCAGGUAGCAAGGGUGCUGUGUGCUUAGAUGGCACACCACCCGGUUACUACUGGAGACGGGGACAGGGAACUGCGCUGAAGAAAUGGAUCAUUCAUCAGGAGGGUGGUGGAUGGUGUUUCAGCGAUGAUGAUUGCUUGAGACGAACCAGGACGCGCCUCGGCUCAUCGAAGCACUUUCCGCCGAACAAGACUUUCGUGCAAUCCGGAAUCAUGGCUGAUGACUGUCAAUCCAACCCAAUAUUCUGUGACUAUAACUUUGUCUACAUGCCGUACUGUGACGGAGGAUCUUUCUCGGGGAACCGUGAGAAACCUCUCGUCGUGAACGGCACCAGUCUCUACAUGAGGGGCAAGAGGAUUCUGGAUGCCGUUUUCGACACCUUUUCUGGUCAGUUGAAAGAAGCAGAGGAGCUAAUCCUAACAGGGAGCUCAGCUGGUGGUCUGGCAACAUACCUUCAUGCUGAUUAUCCUGUUGAGACACAGAGAAUACCAAGCACUUGCAAGUAUGCCGCACUGCCCGAUGCUGGGUACUUCAUUGAUACGCUGGAUGUAGACGGACAGCGCUUUGAACGAACACGGAUGUUGUAUGUCUUCCAAACACAGAAUGUGACGAGUGGCAUGAACCAGAAGUGCGUUGCGGCAAUGUCAGAAGCCGACCAAUGGAAAUGCUUCUUCGCCCAGUACAGCGUGUCCUACAUCUCCUCGCCGAUCUUUGCUCUUCAAUCGCUGUAUGAUUCCAACCAGCUCAAGACCAUACUACAGCUUCCAUGCGUACCACCAAAGUGCAAUGCAUCAGAGUAUCAGCUCUUCCUGAACUGGCGUACCACCUUCCUGAAAGCGUUCACUUCGAUUUUGAAUCGGACGGCAAACACAGGUAUUUUCGCUCCCUCCUGCGUCGCCCACACCUUGAGCCAGCGAGACAACACCUGGGAAGGCUAUGUGGUGCACGGACAAAGGGCAAACGAGACGUUUGCAGCCUGGUACUUUAACCAGCCUGGCAAGUUGCACCAGGUUGUGGGCUGUGCAUACCCGUGUAACCAUAACUGUACGCUUAGAUCUCUGCACUCAACUCGGGAUACUGUGCUGGACGACCAAUAUGAACAUGUGUAUUAGUAUUUACAGCAUGUCAACUCUGGAUUCCAGUAUGUUAACUCUGGAUUUCAGUAUGUUAACUCUGGAUUUCAGUAUGUUUACUCUGGAUUUCAGUAUGUUAACUCUGGAUUUCAGUAUGUUAACUCUGGAUUUCAGAAUGUUAACUCUGAAUUUCAGUAUGUGAACUCUGGAUUUCAGUAUGUUAACUCUGGAUUUCAGUAUGUUAACUCUGGAUUUCAGAAUGUUAACUCUGAAUUUCAGUAUGUGAACUCUGGAUUUCAGUAUGUUAACUCUGGAUUUCAGUAUGUUAACUCUGGAUUUCAGUAUGUUAACUCUGGAUUCCGCUUUUGUUCUCCCUUUCGUCAGCACAUGUAUUUAUUCAAAUUUCCGAACUUUCUUGUCCCGAGCUGAUCAACUGCCAGCUGCUGCCCCAACUAAACUCUCUGCACAGCCAAUAUAAUACUAUGCCAAGAAAAUCCCUGAUAGUGGCCAAGGGCCAAAAUGCUAUAUAAAUUCCCUAGCUGUUUCUGAUACUUUGUCGGUUAUGCAGAGAGUAUGGUCAAGGCAAGUAGCAAGUGGCCAGGUCGGGAUAUGAAAAUGAGGCAACAAGAGGUGCAUCGGCAUCGCUUACAUAAUAAUUAUCAUCUUGCGAUAUACAUUGCUGUCGUUGGUGAUGCUUACACGAUGUUCUGAGAUGUAAUUCCGUGAAACACCCACACUCCGUUGAAACCGGUCCCUAAUCUUCAUUCGAAAAAUACUUCUACCGUACAUCCUUAUUGUGUACAGCACUGUCAUUGGUGGUGCUUGCUAUCGUGUCUACCGUCGUACAGUACAUGUAUGCCUGGUUGAUGAAAGGAGACAUGUGAUUGUUACCAGGACUGAGCAACCGCCAACCCAGGCCGUCACCAUCAAACUGGCCGCCAAGGUGGUUCCCAGGUUUCCAAGGGGACUGAUCAGGUCUUAAC